CCCUGUCCCAGCUGCCAGGCCUGCGGGCUGCAGAGGGGGGCUCCCGCCAGGCAGAAACGGCCUUUCCCUGCGCUGCGCCUCCAGGCUGGACCGGCAGUUCUAGGCGGCAUGGAGGGGCUCCGGAGCUCCACCCAUGUCUCCUUGGUGCUGCUGCUGCUGGUACUGCUGUUGCUGGGCCCAGCUAGGCAGGCAGGCGCCCAGCGCUGCCCACAGGCCUGCAUCUGUGACAACUCCAGGUGGCAUGUCGCCUGCCGGCACCAGAACCUCACCGAGGUGCCAGACACCAUCCCUGAGCUGACCCAGCGGCUGGACCUGCAGGACAACUUGCUGAAGGUGAUCCCCGCAGCCGCGUUCCAGGGCCUGCCCCACCUUACACACCUGGACCUGCGUCACUGCCAGGUGGAGCUGGUGGCCGAGGGCGCCUUCCGUGGCCUGGGCCGCCUGCUCCUGCUCAACCUGGCCUCCAACCGCCUGCGCGCACUGCCCCAGGAGGCGCUGGACGGGCUGGGCUCGCUGCGGCGUUUGGAGCUGGAGGGGAACGCGCUGGAGGAGCUGCGGCCGGGGACAUUCGGGGCGCUGGGCGCGCUGGCCACGCUGAACCUGGCCCACAACGCCCUGGUCCACCUGCCCGCCAUGGCUUUCCAGGGCCUGCUGCGCGUCCGCUGGCUGCGGCUGUCGCACAAUGCGCUCAGCGUGCUGGACCCCGAGGCCCUGGCUGGCCUGUCCACCCUGCGCCGGCUCAGCCUGCACCACAACGAACUCCAGGCCCUGCCCGGGCCCGCCUUAUCCCAGGCCCGCGGCCUGGCCCGUCUGGAGCUGGGCUACAACCCGCUCACCUACGCGGGCGAGGAGGACGGGCUGGCGCUACCGGGCCUGCGGGAGCUGCUGCUGGACGGCGGAGCCCUGCAGGCCCUGGGUCCCAGGGCCUUCGCGCACUGCCCGCGCCUGCACACCCUCGACCUCCGCGGGAACCAGCUGGACGCCCUGCCCCCGCUGCAAGGCCCGGGCCAGCUGCGCCGGCUGAGACUGCAGGGGAACCCGCUGUGGUGCGGCUGCCAGGCGCGGCCCCUGCUGGAGUGGCUGGUGCGGGCGCGCGUGCGCUCCGACGGCGAGUGUCGAGGGCCGCGGCGCCUGAGGGGCGAAGCUCUGGACGCCCUGCGGCCCUGGGACCUGCGCUGCCCGGGAGACGCGGCGCAGGAAGAGGAAGAGCGGGAGGAGCGGGAGGAGCGGGAGGAGCGGGCUGGGGCGGGACCCCGCACCCCUCCACGCGCCUUUCCGCGCGGCCCCAGGGAGAGGGAGCAGGCGGUUGUGCCCUGCCCUGGCGCCUGCGUGUGCGCCCCGGAGUCCCGGCAUUGCAGCUGCGAGGGCUGCGGCCUGCAGGCGGUGCCCCGCGGCUUCCCCAACGACACCCAGCUCCUGGACCUGAGGCGGAACCACUUCCCCUCGGUGCCCCGAGAGGCCUUCUCCGGCCUGGGCCACCUGGUGUCACUGCACCUGCAGCAGUGCGGCAUCACGGAGCUGGAGGCGGGCGCCCUGGCGGGGCUGGGCCGCCUGAUCUAUCUGUACCUCUCUGACAACCAGAUCGCAGGCCUCAGCGCUGCUGCCCUCGAAGGGGCCCCCCGCCUUGGCUACCUGUACCUGGAGCGCAACCGCUUCCUGCAGGUGCCAGGGGCUGCCCUGCGUGCCCUGCCCAGUCUCUUCUCCCUGCACCUGCAGGACAACGCUGUGGACCGCCUGGCACCUGGGGACCUGGGGGGAACACGGGCCUUGCGCUGGCUCUACCUGAGUGGGAACCGCAUCACCCAAGUGUCUCCCGGGGCGCUGGGCCCAGCUUGGGAGCUAGAGAAGCUGCACCUGGACAGGAAUCAGCUGCGAGAGGUGCCCACUGGGGCCUUGGAGGGGCUGCCUGGCCUCCUGGAGCUGCAGCUCUCAGGCAACCCACUCAGGGCCUUGCACAACGGGGCCUUCCAGCCUGUGGGCAGGUCGCUGCAGCACCUCUUCCUGAACAGCAGUGGCCUGGAGCAGAUUUCUCCUGGGGCCUUUUCAGGCCUAGGGCCCGGGCUCCAGAGGCUUCACCUGCAGAAGAACCAGCUUCAGACCCUGCCUGCUCUGCCCAGCCUCAGCCAGCUGGAACUCAUCGACCUCAGCGGCAAUCCCUUCCACUGUGACUGCCAGCUGCUCCCGCUGCACAGGUGGCUCACUGGGUUGAACCUGCGGGUGGGGGCCACCUGUGCCACCCCUCCCAGUGCCCGUGGCCAGAGGGUGAAGGCUGCAGCUGCUGUUUUUGAAGCCUGCCCGGGCUGGGCUGCCAGGAAGGCCAAGCGGACACCAGCCUCUGGGCCCAGCGCCAGGAGAACUCCCACCAAAGGAAGACAGCGGGGAGCAGAUAAGAUCACUGUUGACUCAACCAUGUCCCAGCCUGACCUAAGCAGCCUCCCUCAGCCCAGGAUCCCAGGAAUGGGAGCAUAGCACAGGUGCCUCACUGUCUCUGCCCCUUCAAGGGAAAAUGAGAAUAGAGUGGGGCCUGGGAAGGUGGGGAGAGGGCUCUGCCUCCCCUGGACCUGCAUUUUGAAAAUCUGGGGGCCCUGGGGCCAUUAGUGGUGUUUAUAUUCUAGAAGGAAUCUAUAUCCAAGUAAGCUCAUACAUAUUCUUUAGGUACUGGGGUUAGGGCUUCAACCUGUCUUUCUGGGAUGAGCACAAUUUAGUCCAUAAAGUGUUCCUGAUCUCUGGCUGGGAGCUGGGAAGGAACCCCUAAAAACACCCCAAGCUGAGGGUGAGCCAGUUCUGCCUUAGAAGCCAGACCCAGAACUAGUGUUGAUGACAGCAGCGCUAAUCUCAGUUGGCAGUCACAUGGCAUGACUAGGGAAAGGCAGGAGUGCUUUCUCUCUGUGUCAGCCCUGGGGACAUGCAUGUGGAAGCUGAGCUGGGCUCAGGAGUGGAAGCUCCGAGUCUACUUCCAGGUCAGGGCUUCGGUUAAAAGGGGAAGGACACCCCAGGUCCCCACCCCCACACACGGUAUAGUGGCUUUGUAAUCAGGACCUCAGCCCAUUUGACCUAGCCACCCUUUCUGACAUGGAGAUACUCCUUUCACUUUUUUUUUUUUUUUUUGAGAUGGAGUCUCGCUCUGUCGCCCAGGCU